GUCAAGUGAAUAACGUCAACAAUUCUAUUGGUUUGACGUGUCCCGAUUCCUGUUUUACGAUUAUUCGGUGUUAUUUUCUUUAUAAAGCAAUGCAUUUAUUUUAUUAAUAGACCAAUAUAGUGGUAAGGUAAGGAAGAGAAAGCUUAAACAUGGAUUUUCUUAAAAGCGGUCUCAAAACAGUCCUCGGAGCACCGGAGUCUGGUCAACAACCAUCGGUCGCUGAAACGGUUGAGCGUUUGGUAGAGAGAGCAAGUAAUUCCACCCUCCUGGAAGAUCGUAGAGAUGCUUGCCGGGCAUUGAAAGCUAUGUCCAGGAAAUACAGGCUUGAAGUUGGUGCUCAAGGGUUAGAUACUCUGAGACAGAUUUUAGAAUUAGACAGAGCAGACAACGAAACUGUGAACUAUGCGUUGGACACGUUAAACAAUAUCGUUUCUCCGGCUCAAUUUGAGGAAGAAGAGGAUAAACCUCACAUACCAAUGAACAUCGGCGACCAGUUCACGGAAAUGUUCAUCAAAGACCCGCACAAUAUACAAUUAGUGUUGGAUCUUCUCGACGAAUAUGACUUCCGAGUUAGGUUGUCUGCGGUGCAGCUUCUCGAGUCCGUGCUCACAAACAGAACCAAGGACAUCCAAGAGAUCAUUCUAGAUAAGCCAAUGGGUGUGUCCAAAAUGAUGGAUCUCUUGGCAGACACGAGGGAAGUCAUACGAAACGAAACACUGUUGUUGCUGAUCAAAUUGACGAAGGGCAAUGCGAACAUACAGAAGAUUGUGGCCUUCGAGAACGCCUUCGACAGACUGUUCGAGAUCGUGACCAGCGAAGGAUAUUCAGAUGGGGGGAUCAUCGUGGAAGACUGUCUGUUGCUGAUGUUGAAUCUGUUAAAGAAUAACAGCAGCAAUAUAAAUUUUUUCAAAGAGGGUAGUUACAUACAGAAGAUGUUGCCGAUGUUCAACAUCCCAGAGAACUCUGAAGAGGUCGGCUGGUCGCCACAGAAAGUUGUUAACGUGCAUUGUAUGCUGCAGCUGGUGAGGACUCUGGUGUCCCCCAGCAACUCUAUCCAGAUUAUAUCGAGUUGUCAGAAAAUUAUGAAAAAUGUCGGUCUCUUGGAUGCGCUAUGUAACAUCCUCAUGGCGAGUGGAGUGCCAGCGGACAUACUGACGGAGACGAUCAACACUGUUGGUGAAGUGGUCAGAGGCGACGCCACUAACCAGGACUUCAUAGGAAACGUCAUCGCGCCGUCGUAUCCCCCGCGGCCGGCGAUCAUAGUGCUCUUGAUGUCUAUGGUCAACGAGAAACAGCCUUUUGCAUUGAGAUGCGCCGUGCUGUAUUGCUUCCAAUGUUAUCUAUAUCACAACGAGAGCAGCCAGUCUAACUUGGUCCAGACGUUGCUGCCGUCGUCGUCGGACGUGUCGAGCCUGACGAGCGGUCAGAUCCUCUGCGGGGGUCUGUUCUCGUCGGACGUGCUGUCGAACUGGUUUUCGGCGGUGGCCUUGAAGCACGCGCUCAUCGAUAACCCCACGCAGAAGGAACAGGCGCUGAGAGUGUUACUCGCUACCAACAUAGGCAGCACGCCGGUGUCGCUGCUCCACCAAUGUACUCUGCUGCUGCAGCAAACCACCAAGCUACAGUCCAAGGUAGCUCUCCUCAUGUUGCUGUCGACGUGGACGGCGGGCUGUUCCGGGGCCGUGGCGGCGUUCCUGGCGGCCCCGGGCGGAGUCCCGCUGCUGGUGCAUCACGCCGGGAGCAACGAACACGACGACAACGAGUACCUGCUGCAAGGUCUGUCAGCGUUCCUGCUGGCUAUAUGUAUCCACUUCAACGACGACUCGGUGACCACCUACAGCAGGGACGCCCUCAAGCAGUUGCUGGUGAAGCGGAUCGGCAUGGAGACGUUCGUGGCCAAGCUGAGCGACGUGUCCAAACACGAGCUCUACAACAGGGCCGCCAAACAUCCGCAACUGAGAGUCGCCUCGCCCUCAGACGUGCUCAUCGACUACGAGUUCUGCAAACUCUUCAAGAGUCUAGAAGGCCCCCUAAUGGAGAGCGUGUCGAUGAGUCCGGGCAGGUCGUCCCCGGAGCCCCAGCUGGAGCAGUACAAGUCCCUGAUCCGUCAACAAGACGCGCGCCUCCAGGAGCUGGUGCAGCAGCUGGAGACGCUCACGGCACACGCACAACACCUCCAGGGCGCUCUGAACGAGGCUCAGUCAGCCAACUCCCUGCUCAGAGACGAGAACACACUGCUCAAGGCGCAGGUCGGGAACUCCGGCUCGGACCACGAGGACAGGAUACGACAGCUGACCGGGGAGGUGGCCAGGCUCAAGGAGGAGUUGGAGGGAGUCAGGAGGAGUCACAGCGCCAGGGACGAGGAGCUGGAGAAGAUGAGGAGGGACCAGAACGAUCUGUUGGAGCUACUGGACGAUCAGGAUUUGAAAUUGACGGAAUACAAAAUGAGGUUAAUGAAUCUCGGCCAAUCUAUAGACGAAGACAAUGUCGUCGAGCCCGAAGAUAACCCGAGUCGUGUAAAUAACAAAACGGUCGACGGAACAGAUUACAUCGUGACCCCGCCUUUAUAGGGCUCUGCGGUCGAGGUUACUUUAAUGCUAUAGUGACAGCGUUGGGUGAGAGCGCCGGUCUUAGACACUAAGUGGGAUCCGAACUCCGGACGUGGAAAAAAUAUUAAUGAUUGUCAAAGUAAGGUCUUAAAUCUGUGCUCUGAUAUAUAAUACAUAGUGUGUCGCCGCGGGAACCCCUCGCAGACAUAAAGACUCAUCAAUCAAAAUAUGCGGCUUUUUAAUAUUUUCCAAGCAAAUAAAGGAUCACGCGGUCCGCAAGGAAGAGUCACAAAAUAGAAAAAUACUUCUGCUCAUGACUAGUCAGGCGACACGAGGCGAGUUAGAACUGCUGAAUGAGCUACUGCAGCAAAUGAUCCUUGCCGUUUAGGAACUCUGUGUUUUGAUCGCGUCCGCUCGCUGGACCAACGAACUUUCAUUAAGAUAACACGUUUUUCCCAUUCUUACCUUAUCAGCGUUUUUCUUUUACGUUUCUGAGUAGUGUCACCCUUGGCACAUACAUUUUUUUGCCUCCGUUGCAUUAGCAACACCUUCUAUCUGUCACCUGUCUCUUCUCGGGUGUAUCGCUCACGAGGCUUUAAAUUAAAGAUCUGUAAGACCUACACAGAAGCUGAUCCCCGCUACAUGACAACCUGCCUGCUAAUGAAUUUAUUUCUUUUAUAUUGUUGUAAUCUAAAAAGCACUUUGUGCGUUGGGAAUAGUGUCCAAAAUUGUUUGCUUCUGAAUAUGAUUUGUGAUGUCACCCCAAGUGUAGACGUGCCUGUAA